CAGAGCUGUAAAAUUAGAAGAAAAAGACUAAAGCCAAGGGCUCAAGCAAUGUGCAUGAGUCACACAGAUAUCGAUCAUUGCUUCAUCUCUGUCAUACUCAUAUCCAUCUUCUUCUUCUUCUUCUUCUUCUUCUUCUUGAAGAUUCUCUCACAUACAGUUGCUUGCCCUUUCUUUGUCUCUGUCUCUUCUUCUCAUUCAGCAAUUCAACACUGAAAUCUACUUCCACAGCCUAUUGUGAGACCGCAAGAGCAGCUUCAAAAGAUGAGUUUCAGAGAGGAGAGUGACGAUGGAAGUGGAAGUGGAAGUGGAAGGGAUCUGAGGAAACCGUUUCUUAACACGGGGAGCUGGUACCGAAUGGGCUCGAGGCAGUCCAGUUUGAUGACCUCUUCUCAGGCGAUACGCGACAGCUCCGUCUCCGUCCUCGCCUGUGUUCUCAUCGUCGCUCUCGGACCUAUCCAGUUCGGGUUCACUUGUGGUUACUCUUCACCUACACAAACUGCUAUCACCGAGGAUCUCAGUUUAACAGUGUCUGAGUUCUCUUUGUUUGGUUCUUUGUCAAAUGUUGGUGCAAUGGUCGGGGCAAUAGCUAGCGGUCAGAUUGCUGAGUAUAUCGGGCGAAAAGGGUCUUUGAUGAUAGCAGCCAUCCCAAACAUUCUCGGUUGGCUUGCCAUUUCAUUUGCUAAAGAUUCAUCAUUUCUCUAUUUGGGAAGGUUGUUGGAAGGAUUUGGUGUAGGAAUAAUCUCUUACACAGUUCCUGUAUAUAUAGCUGAGAUAGCACCUCAAAACAUGAGAGGGGGAUUGGGUUCAGUUAACCAGCUCUCUGUCACUAUUGGAAUCAUGUUGGCUUAUUUGCUGGGGAUCUUUGUUAAUUGGAGAGUGCUUGCAGUUCUGGGGAUAUUGCCUUGUCUAGUAUUGAUACCUGGCUUAUUUUUCAUUCCAGAAUCGCCUCGGUGGCUGGCUAAAAUGGGAUUCACAGAAGAUUUUGAAACAUCUUUGCAAGUGCUUCGAGGAUUUGACACUGACAUUACUUUUGAAGUAAAUGAAAUCAAGAGAUCACUAGCGCCAAGCAGCAGAAGAACUGCAAUUCGUUUUGCGGACCUCAAACAAAGAAGAUAUUGGUAUCCCCUCAUGGUAGGAAUUGGAUUACUAGUCCUGCAACAGUUGACUGGAACUAAUGGUGUUCUCUUCUAUUCCAAUACCAUUUUUGAAGCUGCUGGGAUUUCAUCAAGUAGUAUGGCUACAUUUGGACUUGGUGCUGUUCAGGUUAUUGCCACUGGAGUUGCUACAUGGUUGGUCGACAAAUCAGGCCGUAGGCUUCUACUUAUUAUCUCUUCAUCUGGAAUGACUGCUAGCCUGCUCCUUGUUGCAGUUUCAUUCUUCAUAAAGGAUUUUGUAUCUCAUGACUCAAGACUUUAUAGCAUAUUGGGCAUCAUAUCUGUAGUUGGAGUUGUGUGUAUGAUAAUCGCAUUCUCUCUUGGAAUGGGACCAAUUCCAUGGAUCAUAAUGUCUGAGAUCCUUCCGAUCAAUAUUAAGGGCCUUGCUGGAAGCAUAGCAACACUUGCCAACUGGUUCUUUUCCUGGGUCGUUACAAUGACUGCAAACUUGCUAUUGGAUUGGAACAGUGGAGGAACUUUCACCAUUUAUAUGCUUAUGAGCGCUUUCACGGUGGCAUUUGCCACCAUCUGGGUGCCUGAGACAAAGGGAAGGACCCUGGAAGAAAUCCAGUGGUCCUUGAGAUAAUUUCUCUUCUUCUCUUUUUUCGAAGUUUUGUUUGUUUAUUUGUUGUAUCUUAUUUACUAUUUUACAGAGUCGAGCGCAUACACACAAACAUUUGUUCAUUUGAGUUUAAUUUUGAAAAUGAAAACCUUUUUUUUUUUUUUUU